GAUAUUGCACUGCAACUAAUCUACCAGACUGAGGGCUUCUAUCACUAUCACUGAGUAUCGAAAGACAGUGCUGAAACUCUUUGGGGGAAAUAGUUAACAAUGCCAGAGCCCACGAAGAAAUCUGGGUCUGCUUUUACAAAGAAACCGAAAAGUCUACAAGUAUGUGCUGGCAGCACAGCAGAAUUUACAGCAGAGACUGCCAAACCGGAUGUCAAGGUGAAAUGGCAAAAAGAUGGCAAGGACAUCCAAGCCAGUAACAAAUAUAUCAUUAAACAAGAUCAGACCCUGCACACACUGAUCAUCAAUGAUGCUAGCAAGGAAGACGAUGUGGUCUACUCUGUGAUCAGCGGGACAUCCAAAGUCAAAUUUGAGAUGAAGAUUAAGGGCCAAGAUGGAAAAGAUGAGAAACCAAGCUCUAAACCAGAAGCUGCAGAAAAUAAUGAAAGUGUUCCUGUGAGUUCACCAUCCCCAGAGCCAGUAGGGGAGCUAAAGGAUGAAGCACCUUUUAGCACCUCUGAAAAGGAGGAAGAUGAAAUCGUUACUGUUAUUACCCCACCACCCGCUGAAGAUAAAGAGGAUGAUCUUGCGACAAGCACCCCAUCGCCUCAGCCUCCGUCAGAUGACACCAGUGCUGUUCAAAAGCACACUGAAAUUCCUAACGAUAGCCUUCCUGAGUCAGCUAAGGGAAGAAAAGACUCAGUGUGGUCUCUUGGAGAAGCUCCUCCAGAUGACAUUGACAAACCUGAGGACACGCCGCGUUCCACCCUGUUGAUUGAGAAGCCUCAGAGUGGCUCAGUGACUGUUGGUGGAGACAUUACUUUCAUAGCUAAAGUUGAAGCAAAAGACCUGCUUAGGAAACCUACCAUCAAGUGGUUUAAAGGUAAAUGGAUGGACCUUGCCAGCAAAACAGGGAAGCAUCUCCAGCUGAAAGAAACAUUUGACCGUUUAACAAAGGUGCACACAUUUGAGAUGAGCAUUAUCAAAGCCAAGGACAACUAUGCUGGGAAUUAUCGUUGUGAAGUAAAUUACAAGGAUAAGUUUGAUAGCUGCUCUUUUGACCUGGAGGUAAAAGAGGUUCCGGAAGUUUCACCUUCUAUUGACAUCCGAUCAGCCUUUAAAAGAAGCGGAGAAGGACAAGAAGAUGCAGGAGAGCUUGACUUUAGUGGUCUCCUUAAGCAUAGGGAGGUUAAGCAAGAGGAAACUGUACCGGAGGAAGAUGUGUGGGAGAUACUCAAGAACGCACCGCCACAAGAGUUUGAAAGGAUAGCUUUUGAAUAUGGUAUCACUGACCUGAGGGGCAUGCUGAAAAGACUGAAGCGCAUGAAACGAGAGGAGAAGAAGAGUGAUGCCUUUGCCAAGAAGUUGGAAUCUGCUUACCAAACUGACAAAGGAGGGAAAAUAAAGUUUGUAGUAGAACUGGCAGACCCUACAGUGGAACUGAAAUGGUAUAAAAAUGGUCAGGAGAUCCGUCCCACUCCAAACCAAAAAAAGUACAUCUUUGAGCACAAGGGCAACCAGCGCAUUUUGGUCAUCAAUAACUGCACCAUGGCAGAUGAUGCAGCGUAUCAAGUGAUGGCCGGGGAUGAGAAAUGUUCUACCGAACUAUUUGUGAAAGAGUUGCCAGUUACAAUUACAAAGGAACUGGAAGCUGUGAAAACGACAGUUAACGAAAGAAUUGAGCUUGAAUGUGAAGUGUCAGAAGAAGGGGCUAAUGUUAAAUGGUUUAAGAAUGGAGUGGAGAUCCCCAGAGAAAUUCGCUCCAGGUUCAGGUUUAAGAGUGACGGCAUGAAGCACACUCUGGUGAUUGAGGACGCCAUGAAAGAAGACACUGCAGUCUACUCAGCGAUGACUACAGGAGGGAAGUCGGAAGCCCAUGUACAAGUAGAUCUAAAACCACUGAAGGUUCUGCAGGAUCUGACUGACCAAACAGUGAGACUCGGAAAACCCCUUGUCCUACACUGUGAAAUAAAUCCAGCCAACAUACCUGGAAGAUGGUAUAAAAACGCACAGCUAAUCCAAGGCACUGAUCGUGUGAAGAUCACCCACAGAGGAAGGUCACACAAACUGGAAAUAGAGAAUGCGGUUGUUGAUGACAUGGGGGACUAUACCUUUGUACCAGAGGGGUAUUCAAUGAGCCUGAAUGGUAAAGUCCAUGUGAUUGAUCCUCCAAAAAUUCACCUUGAUAGUCUUAACUACCCAGAAAACACUGUGACAGUAACAGCAGGGAACAAACUACGGCUGGAGAUUCCUGUUACAGGGCAGCCUGCACCGAAGGUUGUCUGGAUGAAAGGAGAGAGGGUGAUCCUUGACACUGGUAGCAGAGUACGGGCUGAAUCUUUCCCAGAUCACAGCACAUUUACUAUAGAUGUAGCUGAAAGGGAGGACACUGGGAUGUAUAAAAUUGUGUUGCAGAACGAAGCUGGUGAAGACUCUGCUCAGAUCAAAGUAAAGGUAGUAGACAUCCCUGACCCUCCACAAGCACCUAUUGUAACUGAAGUUGGCGGAGACUGGUGUUCAAUGAUUUGGGAAACCCCAUUGUAUGAUGGAGGCUUACCAAUUUUAGGAUAUUUCAUUGAGAGAAAGAAAAAGCAAAGCUCCAGAUGGAUGAGACUGAAUUUCGAUGUUUGCAAAGAGAAGGCUUUUGAACCAAAGAAGAUGAUUGAAGGAGUGCCUUAUGAAGUUCGUGUUUUUGCAGUGAAUGCCAUUGGCAUUUCCAAACCUAGUGAGCCCUCAAAGGCAUUUGUGCCACUGGCUGUAACUAGUGAACCAUCAAUGCUAGUAGUGGACGAGGUCACUGACUCUACAGUGACAAUGAAAUGGCGACCUCCAGAGCAUAUUGGAGCUGCAGGCCUGGAUGGCUAUGUCAUAGAGUAUUGCUUUGAAGGAAAGGAUGAAUGGAUAGUGUCCAAUCAAGAGUUGAUUGAGAAGACAAAAUAUACAAUCCCUGGUCUACCAAGCGGGGAGAAGAUCUUUGUCAGGGUUAAAGCAAUCAACGCAGCAGGCGCCAGUGCACCCAGAAUGCAUCCACAUCCUAUUCUAGUGAAAGAAGUCAUUGAACGGCCCAAGAUUCGUAUCCCAAGGCAUCUUCAUCAAACUUACAUUCGGAGGGUUGGAGAAGUAGUCAAUCUUCUUAUACCUUUCCAGGGCAAGCCAAGGCCCAAAGUGAGCUGGAUGACGAAUGGCCAGCCCGUGGACCCGACUCAGGUCAACAUCCGCAACAGCGAGACUGACAGCAUCCUAUUCAUCCGGAAAGCAGAUAGGAAGCACUCUGGGAAAUAUGAGCUGACUGUGAAGGUGGAGAACCAUGAAGACAAAGCUACAAUAGAUAUACAAGUAGUUGACCGUCCUGGUCCACCUGAGGUUGUGAAAAUUAAGGACAUUUGGGGGGAGAAUGUUGCGUUGGAAUGGACUCCCCCCAAAGACAAUGGCAAUGCUGAAAUCACUGGGUACACUAUUCAGAAAGCAGACAAGAAGACUAUGGAAUGGUUUACUAUAAUCGAACAUUACCACAGAAAAAGUACUACAGUAUCUGAACUUGUCAUUGGGAACGAAUACUUUUUCCGGGUGUUUUCAGAGAACAUGUGCGGCCUUAGUGAGGAGGCUAGAGUGACUAAGGACAGCGCAAUGAUUGUAAAGGAAGGUUCGAAUUACAAAAACCCAGACUACCAGGAAUAUGACUUUACUGAGCCCCCGAAAUUCACCCAUCCCCUAGUGACCACCAUCGCUGUCUCAGGGUACAACGCCACACUGAACUGCAGUGUCCGGGCUAAUCCCCGGCCCAAAGUGAUAUGGAUGAAGAACAAGAUAGUCAUCGACAAUGACCCCCGCUACAGAAUGUUCAGUAACCAGGGAGUCUGCACCCUGGAGAUCCGGAAGCCCUGCCCCUUUGACGGUGGCACGUACAGCUGCAAAGCCAUCAAUGACCUGGGUGAGGCCCAGGUAGAUUGCAAACUGGAGGUGAAAGGGGGGGUCACUUUUUAUGAGCUGCUGCAGAAGGGGGUGCCAUUAAACCUAAUUGAUAAUUUCCUGAACGAGAACAAAGGCUGUGAACCUCAGAAGGAGUGACUGCCUGCCGACUGCCGCACAGCACCGAGAUCCUCCACCCCUGCUUUUAAGAGCUAGUCGCCAGUAUUUACCUGCUCCUUCUCCCGCACCGUAUCGCCACGUGGAGGGUGUGGCAACAAAUGAGUGCUCUUCGUGACGCAAACUUGGCAUGGAAUGAUGUAGACUGAACAUAUUAGAGGCCAUAGUGCAGAGAUUUAUCAUUUGCUGCUGCCCACUUUUGCCUGUCUAAUUCUGGUAUAUAUAUAGGUAAUACUAUGAUGCAUGACUAUUGGUGUUUUUGACAAGUAGCUUGUUUUGGAACUAGAUUGGUAUGGUAGUGUGGAAAAUAAGUGUGAUGAUGGGACAAAGGCGAGUCCCCUGCAAUGGCAAUCUCUAAGGAACUUUGUUAAUGUUCAUAAGAUGUGUACCUCAAUUAAUAAACUGUGUUCACACCAGGGAACU